AGCGGAGCUGCCCCACAGGGCUGCCGCCCGCAAUCACCUUAUGGUAUGUGCCUCGUGCCGGCAACAACAUUAGCUCUUACUUCAAUUGCUAGAACUCUUGAAAUAUCGGAAGGGUGAACAGGCGGUCUUGCGCGCUCCGAGCCUGCAGAGCCUGAAGGACAGCAGUUAGGCAGGUUAGGCUGGCAUGGGAGUGAAGGGGCGAAGGCAUGGUCUGGACAUGAGUCGAUGAGAGCCAAGGCGCACAGUGAAUUCAGCUGAUGGUCUUGAGUUGCAUAGUGCAUUUGCUAUGUCGCAGCUGCUCAAAUUCUGAACAUGUUACUGUAUACAUCAAACCCGAGCGCUGCUCCGUCGACAGUCAACGACAGAUUUUCCAUGCACAUCCCCCUUACGUCGCUACUCAUAACAAGUUUAUGCAUAGCAUAGGGUCUUGCAUAAAUGUAAAAGAUGGCAGAUGCUAGGGAGCUGCUUGCGUUGUGGGACCGGAAUGUGGGUGCUCUCUUGGAAAUUCCGCCAGGACAAGCGCUUUCAGGACGAGCGCUUUCGGCACACGACAUUGCUCCUGCAGCCCCAAUAGUACUGGACGCCGCCGGGCCGCCCGUCUACGCCAGGCGCAUGUACAAGCUGGUCGCACUGGACACAGACGGCGUGCCCACGUCCAUUUAUGAUGGUGUCACGAAGUAUCACGCUGGCGUCACGGUCUACAACGAUGCGUUGCCGGACCAUUGUGGUGGCUUGUACGUGUAUCCGUCGUAUGAGGAGUGCUUACGGGCCGGCGCGCGGGGCUUCCCGCGCGCAUCACGUCUGGCACAUGCGCCUCGCGCCAUAGCGGUUGUCUUGGCUUGGAAUCACGACAAGUCCCGGUUGCCGGUCUCUUAUGGUGCUAAAAAGGCUUACAGCUACCUGCACUUGGUGGACCUGUUGCCGCUGCCUCCCACCUGGUUCGUCACGUCCGGCGUCGCCGCAGCUGACACCGAGGCAGGAUCCUGGAGUGCACACGGCACGGCGGCUGCGGCAGGCGCCAGCCCGCGGCCCCGGCGGCCCAUCACGCUGCGGCCCCAGUCGGGGACGCCAGAGUCACUUGCCAAGGCCCAGGCCAACACCAUACGUCUGGAGCUGGAGGUGGCGGAAAUGGAGCAGCAGCUGAACAUGGCUCGCAGCGUGCUGUCGUGAGGGCAGAGGGGGACGGGCGCGGCCUCGCGAUGCAGAAGAGCUGCUUUACGUUGUUUGGCCUGGGGGCGUUGCCAGCCGAUACAGUUUGAGCGCUCUGCUACUAGCGGACUGGUGCGUCAACCAGCGGGUCGUGCAGAACAUGCUGGCGUUCGAGACUCCAGUGUGUGGGCCUGCCUGCGGGCUGCAGCAGGCAGCACGGGCACGUUGCAUGAGCGGGAAGAGCUAGUGGGCGCCAAUGUGUCUAAUAACGGCACACUGGUGCUGGCAGCGUUGUGGUGUGGACGUGGUAGCGGUGCUGGGCCGGUGGGCCCAAUGGUGACAGCGGCUGCCGUGCGGGGUCAAGCGGCGACCUGCUCUCGGGUGCGCGGAGCGGAGAGAGCAGGGUGCAGCAGGCCAAUGUCUGGAUAGGGACUGAGGCCUUAGGGACUGGACCUGGAUGAGCUGUGACCGUCUGUGACUGGCUGUACGCUACCGUACUUUCAAGACUUCGAGUGGCCA